GGAAAACCAGCUGAAGGAAAACACUGCUGGCUAGUUAAUACCAUGGCUGCGGAGAUCCAUUCGAGGCCUCAAACCGCUAGACCUAUUCUUUUGAACAAGAUCGAGGGCCACUCAGACGCCGUCAACGCAGCCGUUUUAAUACCAAAAGAGGAUGGAGUGAUCACGGUCAGCGAGGACAGAACCAUCCGAGUUUGGCUGAAAAGAGACAGCGGUCAGUACUGGCCAAGCAUCUACCACACAGUCUCCUCUCCCUGCUCUUGCAUGUCGUACCACCAUGACAGCAGACGCAUCUUCAUAGGCCAGGACAACGGAGCUGUUGUGGAGUUUCUCAUCUCUGAAGAUUUCAACAAGAUGAACCACGUCAAAACGUAUCCAGCCCACCAGAACCGCGUGUCAGAUAUGGUGUUCUCCCUGGAGAGUGAGUGGGUGGUGAGUACUGGCCAUGACAAGAGCGUGAGCUGGAUGUGCACCCAGAGUGGCAGCAUGCUGGGGAGACACUACUUCACCGCCUGGGCCUCCUGCCUACAAUACGACCACGAGACGCAGCAUGCCUUCGUCGGCGAUUACUCAGGACAGAUCACGCUGCUGAAACUGGAGAGGCAGACGUACUCCACCAUCACUACGCUGAAGGGUCACGAAGGUAGUAUAGGGACCCUGUGGUGGGACCCUGUCCAGAGACUGCUGUUCUCAGGAGCCUCUGACCACAGCGUCAUCAUGUGGGACAUCGGGGGCCGCAAGGGACGAACGCUACUGUUGCAGGGACACCACGAGCGCGUUCAGGCCUUGCGUUACCUCCAGCUGACCAGGCAGCUGCUGUCGUGCUCAGCCGACGGAGGCAUCGCAGUGUGGAACAUGGACGCACAGAGAGAAGAGGCGCCUCAGUGGUUAGACAGCGACUCCUGUCAGAAGUGCGAGCAGCCGUUCUUCUGGAACAUCAAGCAGAUGUGGGACACUAAGACCCUGGGGCUCAGACAGCACCACUGCAGAAAGUGUGGCAAGGCUGUGUGUGGAAAAUGCAGUUCUAAACGCUCCACGUUCCCUAUCAUGGGCUUCGAGUUCCCGGUGCGGGUGUGCGAUGCCUGCUUUGAUACCAUCAAAGAAGAAGAUCGAACAGCAUUGGCCACGUUCCAUGAGGGGAAACACAACAUCGCUCACAUGGACAUGGACCCAUCCAGAGGCCUGAUGGUCACUUGUGGAAGCGACCGCAUUGUUAAGAUCUGGGAUAUGACGCAGGUGGUUGGCUGUAGCUUAGCAACAGGCUUCUCUUCUCGCUGACUGGCCCAGCCCACUACAUGCGCCACCCACUCUUCCAGUGUCAUGGAAACCCCUCUGUACUCUACAUCACGCCUGGGAUCUUCAGCUACAACCAGGCCCGCCCUUGGUGAAUGUGUGUGUGUGUGUGUGUGUGUGCGUGCGUGUGUGUGUGUGUUGAUAGUGUAGCCCUCCACGUUCCUUUUGCUUCCAUCAUAAAUUUGACUUUAAUUUCACUAACCGUCAGUCCUACAUGAAGGUGUGUGUGACUAAUUUUGGAAUUUUUGCUCUGAUCUGAAACAACCCUAAGCACAAUGGUGUGUGUUUGUGUGUGUGUGUGUGUGUACAUGUGUGCAUGAAUCGUAAUGAUUUCUCCUAUGGGAGGAAUGGUAUUGAUAUUAGUGUUUACAUUAUAUUAAUAUUUCCAAUGCUUCUUUUGACAAAGGUCAUUUUUUAUUACCCUUGCACUGUAAAGUUAGGUUUCACCAAAUCGCUGACCUGCCAUUCCUGUACAGACACACACUAGCUUCCUUAUUACUGUGGCCCAAUAACUGCAUAUUACUCAGUCACUGUAACAUGUACAAAGCCCCUGAUCACUUGUAUAUACCCCUGCAUCAUGUGUAUAGUAGAUAGUUGCUUGAAUUGACUCUCGCUGAUCAAAGCGAUCAGCCUUUUCUGUCUUUGUUCCUCUCUUUUCAGUUUGGUUUUCUUUCACUAGUUGGCCUUAAAUCACUCUCAGGAGGUUUUACAUCAGUAGGUUGUCACUGGGCGGGGGCUCUCCAUGUCAGUUGUAACCAUUAGUAAUCACUCAAGCGUGCUAAGAAAAUCAGUAGAACAGCCUCUUUAUUCAUAGAUGAAGGAAAUCUCUUGAUAGAUUCAAAGAUGCCGCCAUAGAAAUUUGAUGUUCUUGUCAGGUGUUGGCACUGAACCAGCCAGGUGAGGCAUGGGAAACAUGUUGCCAUAGUGACGAGCACUGACAGAGGUAGCAUCAAACAUCCUGUCGCGGCCAUCCUGAGGUGCACCAGUGGAAUUCAACAUUUCAGUCAAUCGUUGGCUUGAGUCUCCCAACUUUAUUUUGGUAAAAACAAGUUUAGAAAAUAGCACCUCCUAGAUAUUUAUCACUUCCUGUAAAAAAAUAAAAUUAAAUUAAAAAAAAUGUGUAGGUAGAUACCACAUGGCACUGAUGGUCCAAACCCAAGAUUCUCAUUCCUCAUUAGAAUUAUUUUCAUCUAUAAUUUCAAAAAUAUGAAUAUUUCUAGUUCUUUGUGAUGCAAAAUUGGAUUUCCCUCCCACCAGAGAGGCACUUACGUACCGGACAGGUACUCUAAACUAAAUGUAGCACUAAACGCUGGCGUGUUGAAUCGUCCCCAGCUGAAUCACGGGUCACAUCAGGGCUGCAUGUGCUCCUUCAAAAGCCUUACACAGAGAAGGACACACUCACAAAGCCUUUUUAGUGGUUUGUCAGUGCUUACGACUGUUCACUCAUGAGCAUUCACUCUCAUCAUGAAGCGCCGGAUGUUUGUGCUCUCUUUCAUCCUCUUUUUUUACUGUUUCCGUUCCGAGCUCUCCUGCUUCCCCCACACAUCUGUGCAUCGACGAUGUCUCAUAACGCUCUCACCACUGCACUGAAUUGCACAACUCGUGGUCUUUGAAUGAUACAAAACAUUUUUGUAAGUUCAGAUUUUAGAGGGGUGAAAGCUGGAUUCGAUGUAGCGUCCAUGUAAAUAGCGGCUACUAUCUUCUAACGUUAGAGUAACGCUUGCCUUAUUGUAAGUGGGAAAAUGAGCAUUAUAAUGUUGGAAUCUCAAAAUGUAGUCACAUUCCAGUUUGUUGAUCAUGUAGUGUGUAUUUAUAUUUGUAGUAAAGUAUUUAUCUGUUAUCAUUUUCAGUGGUGGUUUACUUUUCUUUGCGCCCAUUUGGUAGUCUUCACUUCCUUGUAAUAACAAACUAGAACAUGUUGAGCAUGUGAGCACUCAGUAAUACUGCAGCGUCAGACCCUGCGGUACUUUCCAUCCUGACAUGGACAGAGGUUGAUUGGUUAAUCAGGUGACAGCAGUGGUUGUCAUGUAACCGCUAUCGUUUCCCAUCAUCAGCGCCUUCCUCCAUUAUAUUUAGAGGUCACACGAUCUUACUUGGGGUUAGACUGAAAGCUGAUCCGAUUCAUCAGUUGCCAGUAUUUUGAAAGAAUUUUCAUUUUGAUGAAAUUUGGCGGUUUCUGUCCUUUGGAUUUUCGUCCAGGUUGGAAAUUAUUUUUCUGCAGGUGCAUGUGCACAUGUCUGGAUUCUGGAAGCUCUGGGACAAAACCUGCCAUAAAUUUUACAGCAAAAUUAUCAGAAAUAAUUAACAAAACAUAUCAUUAAAGCUGCAUUCAUUGAUUUUUUUCCCCCCUCCCACUUGGUUUCAGCCAGACAACCUGAAAACACAGAAAUCUAGCAGUCGCUCAUUUACACCACAUGGAGCAACAUGAGCUUGCUGCCGCUGGCUCAGAAAACCAAAACAGAUGAAAAGAAAAUGCUCCAUCCACUGAAUUCUAGAGCUUCUGAAUAAUUCCCUGGUUAUCUAUCAAUAAAAGCAACACCUUUCACAUUAGAUGUAUUGAUUUUGGGCAGUGUUAGGUGGUUUAAAAGAGCAAAAAUCAAUGCGAAAGAUGUUAAAGCUGCAGCAAUCUUUUUUCAUUGAUUUUCACCAACACUGGCAAAGUGAUCUAUCAGUCCAACUCUAAGUAUUGUAGAAACUCAUGUCACAAAGCAUCAUCUUGGGUCUACAGGGUUACUGACGAGGCUACCGUACAAUCAGGAGUCGAAGCUCUCCUCUCCUUUUUCAUCUCACUGGACAUUGGAGCUCCUUCCAAUCAUUCCUUAUGUCCCUGUAACAGAUUUCAUUUGGUGAUAAAAGGCUGUCUCAGCUCCACAGCAGAUGGACAAGAUGUUCAUGGUAUGAUGCAUGGCAGGGUCUGCUGUUUGCAGAAGCAGCUAAUGAAAUAGAUCUUCAGAUUGUCAGCCGGUCGCAAGGAAGGAAGGAAUAGAUUUCCUCGUGUUGUAAGUAGUUUAUUUCCUUUUUUUUCCACAAGUUAAAGGAGUUAUUUUGUUUCCGUUGUCCUUGUUCAUCGAACACUAGACUGAGUGGCCUCCAUGCUGAUAAGAGGCCAAAUCAACACUUUAAAGACGACUCAUUUUCCACAACACCACGGCCCAUAAUUUCAAACUCUGUAAACUGAAUUGUUUGGUUUGACUUUUUCUCUACAGAUGCUUGUAAAACACACGUGCUGUUCCAAAAUGAUCUUAAUGUAUAUCUCAAAAUAAUUGUAUUUUUAAAUACUUUUGUUGACAAUACAGGACUGGCUGUAGUCUCUUCGAGAGACUAAAGAAUUUAUGCUUAAUAAAGAUAUUCUGACA